GUUUCCCAUGAAACCUGUCUCUUGGACCAGGUUCUGGACUUGAUUAUGAAUGAGAAACCAUCCAACAGUAACAGCCUCUUUCUGAACGAAGACGCGGAGAAACCGAGCCGUCCGGAGGCGGGGCUACACAGGCUGCACAGAACCAUGCAGAGACGCGUGUCUGCCGCCAGGCACAGGAUGUGCUCCAUCACCUGGGAGAGCACCCGCGCCUUCCUCUGCCGCAACACCUUCGUCAUCUUCACCGUGGCUGCCGUGGCGAUAGGGGUGUUGCUGGGAUUUGCCCUGAGGCCUCAUAACCUCUCUGUCAGGGAGAUUAAAUAUUUCUCCUUCCCUGGAGAGCUGCUCAUGCGUAUGUUACAGAUGCUCGUCCUUCCACUCAUUGUCUCCAGUCUGGUCACAGGCAUCUCGGCGCUGGACAGCAAGGCCUCCGGGAAGAUGGGCGUCCGCGCGGUCGUUUACUACAUGGUGACGACCUUCAUCGCCGUGUUUACCGGCAUCGUCAUGGUGAUAAUCAUCAGGCCUGGGAGAGGCAGCAGGGACAGUCCGAUGACCUCUAGUGGCAACAUUGAGCCGGUGCAGGCAGCCGAUGCCUUCCUGGAUCUCAUACGAAAUAUGUUCCCACCCAAUUUAGUGGAGGCCUGUUUUAAACAGUACAAAACCGUUUAUAAGAAAACAGUGUACACCAAGAACGUGACCGUUAUGAUCAACGUGACGGAUGCCGUUAACUCCACUGAGUCCGGUCGGGCAGUCAACGCCAGUGCGGUCCUUCAGACGGUCCAGGAGAGGGUGGAGGAGACGCUGCCUGUCCCCGGGUCGUCUGGGGGGGUGAACGCCCUGGGUCUGGUGGUGUUCUCCAUGUGUUUUGGGCUGGUGAUCGGGAACAUGAAACAGCAGGGGCAGGCGCUGAGGGAAUUCUUUGACUGUCUUAAUAACGCCAUCAUGAGACUGGUCGCCGUCAUAAUCUGGUACGCUCCCGUGGGAAUCCUCUUUCUGAUCGCGGGGAAGAUCGUGGAGAUGAAAGAUCUGGCGCAGAUGGGUGGUCAGCUGGGCAUGUACACGGUGUGUGUGAUCGUCGGGCUGCUCAUCCACGGUCUGAUCGUCCUGCCCUUGCUCUACUUCCUGGUCACCAAGAGAAACCCCUACACCUUCAUCGGCGGACUGCUGCAGGCCCUCAUCACCGCUCUGGGCACUUCCUCCAGUUCCGCCACCCUGCCCAUCACGUUUCGCUGUCUGGAGGAGAAUAACCGCGUGGAUAAACGGGUGACACGCUUCGUCCUGCCGGUCGGAGCCACAAUUAACAUGGACGGCACCGCCCUCUACGAGGCCGUGGCCGCCAUUUUCAUCGCCCAGGUCAACGACAUGGACCUGAACUUUGGACAGAUUCUCACCAUCAGUAUCACAGCAACAGCUGCCAGCAUCGGAGCAGCAGGCAUCCCUCAGGCUGGUCUGGUUACCAUGGUGAUAGUAUUGACAUCGGUGGGACUGCCCACUGAGGACAUCACAUUGAUCAUUGCGGUGGAUUGGUUCCUGGACCGUCUCAGAACUACCACCAACGUUCUGGGAGAUUCUCUGGGUGCAGGUAUUGUGGAACACCUGUCGCGGCAAGAGCUGGAGAACCAGGAGGCUGAGGUGGGAAACCUGGUGAUAGAGGAGAAUGAGAAACCGUAUCAACUCAUCAGCCAAGAGAACGACUCCCUGAAGCAUCGCAACAGCGAGACCACCAUGUAA